AAAACCAACUCUGUGAAUGACUUGAGCUUCAGCGAGGGAACAGAAUACCUGAUGACUAAACACUUAGCAAUAAAAAAUCACCACCAAUGUUUGAAAUAUUUAGCUCCUUAAUUUUAUUUCAAUAAUUAUUAAAAAAAUGACUUGUGUUUAUUUUUUCUCUUUAAUACCGUUAAUACCCUCCAAAUUUCCCAAUUCCUACUACACCUCCAACCUACACCCCUCACCGAUCGUCGCUCUUUCACCGCAAUACCGCCGGAGAACGCAUCGGAAGCUGACGGGAACUGAAAUGUCCGGCACCGUUCCGAGAUCGGCAUCAGCUUUCCGACUCAGCACCGAUGAAAACGACUUAUUAUUAGGUUCUCGUACAGGUGCAGGAAAAGGCGAUACAUUAACAACUGAGACAGAUGUAGAGGCUUCCUCCACUAGUAAAACUGUUAUUCGGAAGAACAGAUACAGUACAUUGUUUGGGAUUGAUCUAUCCCCAGAUACUGUUGCUGUUGCUAUGGUAUACUUUGUUCAAGGUGUUUUAGGACUUGCUAGGUUGGCUGUCAGCUUUUAUUUAAAGGAUGGUUUGCAUCUGGAUCCUGCUGAGGCAGCUGUGAUUUCUGGUAUUUCUGCGUUUCCAUGGCUUGUCAAACCUCUGUACGGUUUUAUUAGCGAUUCUAUCCCCCUUUUUGGUUACCGGAGAAGGUCAUACCUAGUUUUAUCAGGGCUGCUUGGUGCACUCUCAUGGAGUCUGAUGGCUACUUCUGUUGACAACAAAUAUAGUGCUGCUAUUUGCAUACUUCUCGGAUCUCUCUCUGUUGCUUUCUCAGAUGUUGUUGUAGAUUCAAUGGUUGUGGAAAGGGCGCGUGGUGAGUCACAAAGCACUUCGGGAUCUCUUCAGUCUUUAUGUUGGGGUUCUUCAGCUUUUGGUGGAAUUGUGAGCUCAUACUUCAGUGGGUCUUUGCUGGAGGCAUAUGGAGCAAGGUUUGUUUUUGGUGUCACGGCAUUGCUUCCAUUGUUAACAUCUGCAGUUGCUGUUCUUGUAAAAGAACAGCCUACGCUUGGUACAGCGACAGGGCAGGCUUUUUCAUUUCCCCAGCCCGAGUUUUUGGAAAGUUCAAAACAGAGCAUUAUUCAGCUGUGGGUUUCUGUACGACAACCCAGUAUUUUUCUUCCCACGUUAUUUAUUUUCUUGUGGCAAGCAACCCCGCAGUCUGACUCUGCUAUGUUCUACUUUAACACAAACUCUCUUGGUUUUACCCCCGAGUUUUUAGGACGUGUCAAGCUCGUUACCUCGAUUGCAUCUCUGCUUGGUGUUGGACUUUAUAAUGGAUUUCUGAAGAAUGUUCCUCUGCGUAAAAUAUUUCUCUGGACUACCAUUUUUGGUUCCGCGCUUGGAAUGACACAGGUUUUCCUGGUUACUGGACUAAACCGGAAGUUUGGAAUAAGCGAUGAGUGGUUCGCAAUUGGUGAUUCAUUAAUUCUCACGGUUUUGAGCCAGGCUUCUUUCAUGCCCGUUCUUGUGUUAGCAGCAAGAUUAUGUCCUGAGGGGAUGGAGGCAACUCUUUUCGCAACUCUCAUGUCUGUAUCUAAUGGAGGGAGUGUUCUUGGAGGAUUGAUAGGUGCAGGCCUGACUCAAGUAUUUGGAAUUACUAAGGACAAAUUUGAUAACUUGGCAGCUUUGAUAAUCCUCUGCAAUCUUAGCUCAUUAUUGCCUCUGCCACUUCUCGGUCUUCUCCCCGGCGACAACCCUGAUGAUAAUCUGAAGGAUGACGAUUCUGAAAUUGAAAUGAAGCGUAAUUGAUCCUAGUUGUUUUUUGCUGACCUUCCUAGGGGUUGUCUGUCUUAGCCAUGUUUUGCUCUUAAUGCUUGCAGAUCAAAAAGACAUCACUUCCACGUGCAGAUAGAGAGUCUUGUUGUAUAUAGUAUGAUGCUAAAGUUGUCACCAGGGCCUUGUUCCAAACCUUCUCGAUUAGAUGUUUUAGAAACACAAGAUCGAAGUUCACUUCAAAACAUUUGGUUGUAGCGAAAGUACCAUGUUAUAUCCUUGAGACAAUGCUGUACAAUAUGCUCCGGAUUGACAGAAGACGAUGCUAGGCACCAAUGACAAGGUUUCUAUUCACGGGCUAAUUUUGUAAGUUUGUAGAGUACUUUUUCGCUUUUGUUUAAUCUUUUGGCCUUUUACUUCUUUGUAAGGACUAAAGGUUUGUAUUUAAUAGCCAAUAAUCUUCCAUUAAGGCUUCUCUGUCAUGUUUCUCCAAGCUAAGUAGAUAACAGGCUACAUGUUUUCGUUGUAUUGAAAGGAACAGCUACUUAUUAGUCUAAAUAGGAACAUAAUCCUAGCAUAAUUUCAAAAGA